AUGGGCAUGAACAGUAGCAGUGUCAAAGAAGACUUUGUCCUGGUGGGCUUCUCUGAUCAGCCCAACCUAGAAAAGAUACUCUUUGUGGUUGUUCUGGUAUCGUAUCUCCUGACUCUGCUGGGAAAUACAGUCAUUAUUCUGAUCUCCUCUACAGACCCUAAACUCAGAACACCCAUGUACUUUUUCCUUACUCACCUCUCCCUAGUCGAUAUCUGCUUUACUACCAGCAUUGUCCCCCAGCUGCUGUGGAACCUAAGAGGACCAGCCAAGACCAUAUCAGCCCUGGGCUGUGCUGUCCAGCUCUACGUCUCUCUGGCUCUGGGCUCCACUGAGUGCAUCCUCCUGGCUGUAAUGGCUUUCGACCGCUAUGCUGCGGUGUGCAAACCUCUCCACUACGCAGCCGUGAUGAACCCACGGCUGUGCCAGGCUCUGGCAGGGGUUGCGUGGCUGAGUGGAGUAGGAAACACUCUCACCCAAAGCACUGUCACCCUCUGGCUGCCUCGCUGUGGACACCGGUGGCUCCAUCAUUUCUUCUGUGAAGUACCCUCAAUGAUUAAACUUGCUUGUGUGGACAUCCAUGCCAAUGAGGUCCAGCUAUUCAUUGCUUCAUUGGUCUUGCUCCUCUUGCCCUUAGCACUGAUAUUGAUGUCCUAUGGACAUAUAGUCAAGGCAGUUAUUAGGAUCAAGUCAGUCCAGGCCUGGGGCAAAGCCCUGGGGACAUGUGGAUCCCACUUGACGGUAGUGUCCCUCUUCUAUGGGACCAUCACAGCUGUUUACAUCCAGCCCAACAGCUCUUAUGCCCAUACUUACGGGAAAUUCAUCUCCCUCUUCUACACAGUAGUGACUCCAGCCCUCAAUCCUCUCAUCUACACGCUGAGGAAUAAAGAUGUGAAAGGAGCACUGGGAAGACUUUUUCACAGAGCCAGAGACCUGGGCUCAUAA